AUGACCGGCAAGAAGCCGUCCGUGGCCGAUCCCGACGCGUACGACGCGGCCAACAUCGACGACGACAAGGGCCCCGACGCCGAGAACGCCAAAGAAGGAGACCACAUUGAUGGAAUGGACGCCGACCCGACCAAGGCCCAGCGCCUGCUGCUCCUUGGCCCCGUGGCGGCCGGCAUCGAGUUUGACGUUUUCCACUUUGUCGCUCGCAAGCUGAACGACUACGUACACGACAAGCAGUGGGAACAGACCGAAGUGCUCUGGGUGAACUGGAUGCGCGAGGAGCCCCUCACGGUGGUGGCCGGCAACGCCCUGCUGUCCAACAUCAUCUACAACCAGGAGCACUUCCUCUCCGUCUUCGUUCAGGUGCUCAAGAUCUACAAUGCCGCCAAGGCUCCACUCUCGUACGUCGCCCGACAUCUGUAG